AUGCUAGUGCGUCCACUUCCCAUGCCGGAGACCUGGGUUCGAGAGCCACUCAGAACGAGGUGUGGCGUUUAUACUCACUUUUGUGCAAUUGACCAUUCAUCUCUUCAGACACAGUUGAUCAAAUUUGUGGCACUACUGAACAGCCACAUUGAGAAUUCAUACCUGUCUGUUUCCCACUGUGAGGCAUUCCUAGGUUUACGAAUCCACUUGGACAAAUUUGAUAAAACUGCCAAACCGUCAACAUCCACAUGGAUUGAUGAAGUUCGACACCAAAUAUUUGAAAAGUCCUUAAGUGAGCACGCUAGGUAUUUCUUCAUACAGCUAAAAUCUAAUGAGACAAACAUCUCUGUCAGAAUAAUUCAUAAUUUGAUAGCUAAGGAGAUCCUGAAGCAGCUCUCCAGUUACCAGAGCAAAAGUGAAAUAGCAAUGAGUCUGCUUCAGAACAAAGUGCUGUUUGACCACAGAUUUGGAAGCAAUGAGUUUCAAAAGUUUGUCAGAGAUCUGUUUAUCAAAUGCACCAAAAAAAGCAAGGGAGAUCCAAAUGACAGCUGGUUUUCUCCUUUAAUAGAGCACGUUAGGGAGGCAGAAGAUGUGGAGAAAGCCAUUGACCUUUUGAAGGUAGCUUACACCCGGUUUGAUGAGGAUGCAUUUGUUGCUCAACAGCUUGCACGACUGCUUUAUGAAAACAAACAUUUUGAGGAAGCCGAGAUUUGGGCUAAAAGAGCUAAGUCUCGUCUUCCACAGCACACAUACAUACUUGACACACUGGGACAAGUAUUCAAAAAGUUGUUCUACAGCAAACAUGAUGCCAUAUGUGAGAAAAACAUUGAAAUUCAACAAGAGGACAUCAUUAUCAUUGAUACUGCUCUUAAAGGAAUCACAACUUUUAGAGAAUCUGAAAAAUGUCCCCAGUUACAGAUGGUCUGCUUGAAUAAUUCUUAUUUUGGAGAAGUUGAUAUUGGAUGCCGAUUGCUUGAGCUCCUGUCAAAUGUAGACAUUUUUUCUACUAAAGAGGGAAAUAGGGAGUUGAUGGAAUACCUGCUCACUGACUACAUACCAAAGGAAGUACAGAAACCUUGGCAAAAAUUUCAUGGCCUUUUAAAAGGAAUUAUAAACGGCAUUAGAACUGCCCAGAAAAGUAUUUCUGAUGAGCUUGCUCGCUUUCAGAAUUUCAUUUCUGAGGAAGAGGAGGAGUUGAAACGGUCAAUAAUCCAAGAAGAUGGCUCCUCAGGAAAAGUGCUGUGUAUGCCAAGUUAUUUUUUCACAUCAUUCAAGAGGAUGAGGCUUCUGAUGCAAACACAGUUUCCCCAUUAA